AUGUCGCCGAAACGAGCCUGCGACAUUUGUUAUCGACGAAAGAUUCAGUGCUUGAUACCUGAAGCAGGGGUUCCUUGCGAUUGGUGCCGACACCACGACUCUGAAUGUACUUUCAACAGAGAAGCUCCGCGUAAAUCCAAGCAGAACAGGCUAAAAUUGACGGACGUCCAUGACUUGUACCAGCGCAUUCAGCACCUGGAAUCGGCAUUGGCGCAGGCAACUGCGCAGCCGCUGGGGCGUGAUGAUGCGCUGAACUUCGUCACCCCCACAAGCUGCUCCGUAGAAACGCCGGCUUCUUUAGCGACCCCAGCAGCAGCUGAACUCACCCCCGUGUCUCGUUCAGCUCGAGAACCAGAUUUUCCAGGCUUGCGACAAUCUCCAAGUUCUGUGACCUCUCUCCCAACUUCCGACUUUCCCUGCUUUGCCUCUCAUAUCGGCCCGAACUGGUUUUUUAGAGGCAUACAUGCUUUCUCUGAACAGGGUCGCCAAUGGAUUUCUUCCAGAACGGGCCAGACCGUCGACUUGAGGAAGCUGCGACUGUUCACAUCCAAUUAUGCGCCAUCAACGAGUUUCUCUUCCGCGUUUCCUGGAGUAUCAAGCUUGCCUGAAAAACAAGUUCUGCGUGAGCUUGCGUCAUCAUUCUUAAUGUCCCCGCUGUGGCUCUCAUUUCCAGUAAUUGAUCGUUUCUCUUUCGACGAGACACUUGACAUCACAUACGGCAUAUCGGCUGAUAGACCUAACUCACCUACCGAGCUCGCGGCUCUGGCGUCUGUUUUGAGCAUCUUGAGUCUAAUGGGCCACUGCAAAGAUUUGGGCAAUGGCUACUCUGGUAUUGAUGCGAAUGAUUGUGCUAACAAAGCUCGUCAGUUUUUGAUGAGUCUCACCGGGCAUUACAGCGUAACAAUACUUGAAUGUUUACUAGCUUUAUAUACCCAUUCGACGCUAGAUGGCCACUGGCAAGAAGCUGGCUUCUAUCUUCCUCUCGCCUGCAGCAUGGUGUCUGCCUUAGGGGGACACACCUCUGCCUCGCACAACACACCAGACGGUAGAACCACUCUUUCUGCAAAGAAAAGACUGCAUCUUCGGAAUCUCUUCUGGAUAUGCUAUGUCGCAGACAAAGACAUGGCGCUGCGCACGGGAAGACCGCCUCUCUUGUCAGCUGUUUUCUGUGAUGUGUCCAUUCCAAAAGACUAUGACCAAAACCACGCCUACCUUCGAUCCUUCGAUGAACCAGUAGACCGCCCUAUUUCGGUUGGCGACGGGCCAGUUCCGUAUUUCUCGGGCGAUCUCGUCCUUAGUCAAAUUAAAGAGAAGGUUUACAGGCUUCUGUACUCUCCGGCUGUCAGCGAAGCUAAAGACACGACCUUGCUUCUUCACAUCCGGGAAUUGGAUGAAGAGAUUGAACGCUGGAGACUGUCGAUACCGUUAGACUUUCGACCGGCAUUGUCAGCCUCUCCGCAAACACUUCUCGCAAUAUCCCAAACAAACCCUCGGCAAUACACCAGGUGUUUCGCCUUGCAAUUGGAGUAUCUACAUCUGAUGACCUUUGUACAUACCACUGUAAGGAAGUACGACGCCGACGACAGCCAGAGUGAUGGUCCACUUGACCUACAUAGCGUGAUUCACUCGAGCUACGAUCUGUCUCUUGAGGCUGGUCGAUCUAUCCUUCGAUGUUUGAGUCUAUUUCUCUCAAAUAUGCCAACAUGGAGUCUUUGGUCGUGUAUAUACCAUGCCACGAAUGCUGCUAUAUCACUUUUCUUGGAUAUGGUCAUACAUCCAUACAGCCCAAAUGGCUCCUUUGACCUUGAGCUCCUCAUCUCGGCCGCUAACACCAUCACAUCCCUUGCAAGUAGAGCAAGGAGCCCGAUAGAAGCUGACCGAGUUCAAGAAACGGGCGACUUCUUCAUGUGGCUCAUGUGGUUGGGAUCAUGCGCAAUAGCAAGGGCAAAGGAAGCACCUCUUGAUCUAGGAUGA